AUGACACCGACAUCCAGGCUCAACGUCCGCCGGGACACCCCCAUCGCAAGGGCCGCCGCAAGCGGCGACAUUGAGCAAGUCAAGUCAGUCCUAGAAGCCACAAGCAGACCCGACCGUCAAUCCAUCACGAACAAAGCCCUCCUCUUCGCGGCCGAGGCCGGGCACGAGGAACUGGUAAAAUACCUCUUGCGCAAAGGCGCCUCGGCAGGCCCUUACCUCGAUACAACGCCCACGCCGCUGCACCUCGCCGUCCGCCAUCACCACCACUCCAUCGCAGCGCUCCUCCUGAGCCGGCAGCGACGGCAGCAGCGGUGGCAUAUCCCGUUUCCCUUCCAGUUUCCCUCGACCAGGCGCCGUCCCCGCCCCGCUCCCGCUGUCUGGACGACGGCGCUGCACACGGCCGCAGAGGUCAACGACCCCGCCAUGGCGGCACUCCUCCUCGACGCAGGCGCCCCGAUAGACCAGACACUGCCCGUGGCCUGUGAACCAUGCGGCUGGAAGUACCGGAGUACAUGUGAAGCUCACUGCGGCCACACGGCGAUCGCCAUCGCCGCGCAGCACGGGAGCACCGAGACACUGCGGACCCUGGCCGAGCGGGGCGCGGGUCCAAGGGCGCAUUUUCGGAACGGCCAUCGCGGUUCGCCCCUGCUGCAUCUUGCUGCAGCGGGCGGGCAUGACGGGACGAUUGCGGCCUUGCUGGUUGAGGAGCAGAGAGGGGGGUGGGAGUGGCGCGGGGCAGGUGUGCUCGCGACAGACGAUGUGGGGAAGAUGGCGGUGCGGGUUGCGGUGGAGAAUGGGCGCGAGGCGACAGUGAGGCUCCUGCUGGAAAGGAUGGGCCGGAGGGUCUUUCUUGAAGCCCGUGGCACUGGCGUCGGUGAUCGGCUGCCAUCCGAGGGGUCGUGGAACGGGUGGGGUGCUCUGAUUGAGGCAGCGGUUCAAGUCGGCGCGGUGGGCAUUGUCAAGUUGCUUCUGGGAUACCCUGCGCGGGCCAAGUACAGUUUCAAUAUCCGGCAGGCGCUCGAGGCCGCGGUGCGACGGGGCGAUGGACCGAGUCUGCGGUGUCUCUUGACCUAUUAUGGCAUCCCCUUUCAGGGCGGCGGCGAGUCUGACGAUGCAGACGCAGAUGUACCCCGGUGCACCGAGAUUCAUCCUGACGCGAGCGAGGCGCAGAUGGAGGCCCUGAGGGCCCGGAUAAUGCAAGAUGCGUGCUACGCGGCCGGCCGCGCAGAUGACCGCCAGGCCCUCGCGAUGCUCCUGCCGCCGGAUGACAGUAGCCUGCGAGCAGCGGGUCUGCUGGGAGCCCUCCUGGGCGCCAUCUGCUCAAAUAAACUGGCGCUGGUCAAGUCGCUCUUGGGCGAAGGGGCCACGGCCAUGGUGUCCGGAGUGACCAACGACCAGGCCUGGCAUUGCUACAGGGACGAACGGCACACGCGGUACCAGCCGCUGCACGCAGCAACAUACUACGACCGACCAGCCAUCUGCAGGCUCCUGCUCAAGCACAACCCGGACAUCAUCUCCAGCCUUGGUUAUCAGGGCGAAACAGCGCUCCAUAUUGCCGCUGAGCGGAGCCAGCAUGAUAUUGCGAAGAUAUUGAUUGAGCAGGGUGCAGACGUCAAUGCCAAGGACAAGGAUGGAAAGACGCCGCUGCAUCGGGUGCACUGGAACGUGGAAAUGGCAAAGCUCUUGCUGGACAGCGGAGCGGAUGUGGAGGGGGGGACUACGGUGGCAGACCGCACUCCGUGUGUCAUUGCAGGCGAUCGUGAGGAUAGACAAGUGAUGGAACUGCUCAUCGAACAUGGUGCGAAGCACGCGGAAAAGGCAAGAAGGGUCUACGAGGAGCACAGGUGGUCCACGUGA